AUGACUAAUUUUCUACAGAAAACACAUUCUGGGACGCGUUCCCAUCAGCUAGUGCAUAAAGCACGUGUUUUAUCAUCUUCUCAGUCCACCUGCUCGCCCACGUAUCUUCAAUGGCCAAAAAGUCCAACAAGGGUAUUCUAUGCAAAUGCCUACAUAGUUUCUCCGGAUGUGCCAAAAUUUGUCAGUGAUGUGAGAGGCAAAACAAUCUCGUUUGAGUGGAAAGUUAUAGACAGAAUUUUGAAGCUAAAAUUCAAAGAGUCUUGGUGCAAGUAUGGGGAUAAUAAGGGAGCAAUGCAUAGAAGUUGGCCUUAUUUUGAGAUGUUGAGCAAAUUGGCCAUUCCAGGAAGAGGGUGGCAUGGCUUCACGCUUAGCCGAGAUCCAGAUAACAUCUAG